AAACCAACAUACACUGGUUACAUUGCAACAUCAAAGGAUGCCCUUUUAAUAUUUCAAGCAGUCUUAUCCGGUGUCUUGACCCCCGUGCAUAGAAGACCAUCGGAGAAUGAGAGAAGCGAGCUGGUGAAGUCUGGAAAUGUCUUCGUCUUCAUUGAAGAGACCUCAAGAAUCAAACGCUGGACCGAUGGAAUCAGUUGGUCACCAUCCAGAAUUCUAGGAAGAUUUUUGAUAUACAGAGAGCUGUCGAAG